ACUCUCCUGAAGGACCCCAAGCUCUCCAGUGUUGUUAUGAACCCUCACACCAAGGGCGCGGUUAAGCAGAAAGCUGUGAACGAUGCCUUGGCGAAAGAGAAAAUGUCCCCUAUCACGGUCAACCUGAUGAACUUGCUUGCUGAAAACGGUCGCUUGCGUAGCACUCCGGACAUUGUUUCUGCCUUUGGGAAGAUCAUGAGUGCGUACCGAGGAGAGGUGCUGUGCACAGUCACCACUGCGCAGCCCUUGGAUGAUGCCAGCCUUACUGAGCUAAAAAGUGCUCUGAGUGGAUUCUUGGCUAAGGGAGAGGUUUUAAAGCUGGAGACCAAGACUGAUCCGUCAAUCCUCGGUGGCAUGAUUGUCAAUAUUGGGGAGAAGUACGUGGACAUGUCGACAAGGUCAAAGAUCCAGAAGCUCACCAAAAUCAUGAGAGAGGCUGUCUAGCAAGCUGUCCGAGUCAUCACUCACAGUGAAACCUGGCAGGUGGAAACAAUAAAAUUAUUUCUUCCAGAA